AACUCACUGCGUUUCAUCGCCAUCUCUCUUUCAUCAGCGCGUGAAGACAAACUGACUGAUAUGAAAAUGCCAGCUGCGAGCUGCCGUCACGUGGUGCGCUUUAUGAUUUGUGCGCUCUGGAUUUGUCUCCAGUUGCGCUGGAGAAGAGAAGAGUCUUCACACUUGGCGGAGCUUCCAGCUCUCACCUCAGCCGCGCAGAGAGGAUGAGCGGAUCCGUGUCUGGGCUUUCUCCGCGGCGCUUCGUCCUCAGUGCCUCCGUCUGAACAAGUUCAUUUGGUCUGAUGUUUCCCCUCCGAGCGUCAUUUCGGAGAGAAUGUGUCUUCUCGUUUUUGCGACUUUAUUCGGAGUCUUUCUCGACGCAGGAGAUGCCCUUCAGAUCCAGUGCUACCAGUGUGAGGAGAUGAAGCACAAUGACUGCUCCACGCCGGAGUACAUCGUCAACUGCACCGUCAAUGUACAGGACAUGUGCCAGAAGGAGGUGCUGGUCAAACCCGAUGGAAUACAUUAUCGGAAGUCCUGUGCCUCCUCCGGAGCGUGCCUCAUCGCCUCCUCUGGCUACCAGCAGUUCUGCACCGGCAGGCUGAACUCAGUCUGCAUCUCCUGCUGCAACACCCCGCUCUGCAACGGGCCCCGGAGGAAGCGGCCCGUCCCUUCGGCGGCAAUGUCCAGCCGGCCCCUUCUCCUCUUCCCGUCCUGCUUCGUGCCGCUGCUGACGCUCCUUCCUGUGACGUAGAUGGAGGAUCCCUUUACGUCCCAAAUAUUGCCCUUGGAGCCCGGACCUGUGAUCUGUGCUGUGAUAUACUGAAGGGGCAGAUUUGGACACCGAGCACACUGGCUUUGUUUCCUCUCAGCGUCGAGAAAAACUCUUAAUCUGAUCGAUAAAACACCGUAACCACUGAGAAUGACACUGGAAAGCUGGAGAAGUGGAAGCAUAUCGAGCUCUCUGAAUCAUUUAUCGCUCUUGUUGCCAGAGAAGGACCAUCCAGUCUGCAAUCGAGGCAUCUCUCAAUUUCUUUGCUUUCUGUGAAGUGGAGCAUUGUGUGAGGAACCCGCUCUGAAGUUAUUUUCUGGUUAUUACGUGCUUUUAAAAGUACUGGUAGAAGUUAUUGUUAAAAAAAAAAAAAAAAGAUAUAUUUAAGCUUUUAUUUUGUGAGCUUUUGUUGAUUUUCAUUUUGAAUCAGCACUGUUUGUUUUCUUUCUUGUUAACGCUGUGGCUGUUGUUCUGAAUACAAAAAAAAUCAUAUUUUGAAUAGACAGGACUAAACCCAAAAUAUGAUUUUCCUACGACAUGACAAGCAAACAUGAAUUUGAAGGGUUCUUCUUGCAGCAUAUCAUUUAUCAUACAUAUGCAUAUUUUCCACUGCCGUACAGUAUUGAUUGACAUUUUACUAGUUGGAAUAUGAAAGAUGCAUAAAUUAUUUGCAGAGACAAUUUGUGUUAUUGAUCAAACAGUUGAUUCUGUCACACAAGAAACUAAUUACAUGGAUUAAUAAAAAAAAAUAAUUCCUCUUAAUAUCUUUUGUUAUUUAUAUUUAACAGUAAAAGAAGCACAACAUGUUUUCACUAAAGAAACUCUUCAGGGUGAUAUCAGUCACAGUUCCCUUUAAUUUAAUAUUCAUCACAACUUAAAAUAAUUCAUAUCUUGCAUGUAGACAUCACAUCAAUGAGAACACAUUUGGCUUCUUUAUUUUCAUCAUAUUUUAUUAAAAUUGGUUUAAGUUAUUUAUUUGUUUCUGCUAUUUUUCUGUUAUGUACUGUGUUAUAUUUAUAUGUAGUGAAUGUGUUUGACAACAACCAUGCACACAUUCUCUAACUGUAUUUUAUUGCCACAUGUGAUGGUAUUAAUGGUCCAAAGCUGAGCAAAAACUAAGAUACAUAUUUAUACCUGAGCAUCAUUUGACUGCUCUGGAGACAGAAAAGCUUCGAGACAGAGACGGACCAUCUGAUAAAUGUUCAUGGCGGUUUUCUGACUGGUCUUCUGUGAAGAGUAACACUGUAUUCUGCUCAUAUGUGAUGUAAAUAAAUGUUGCGGGAAAGUA